AUGACCGACACAGCCCAGGGGAAAGCCGGGAUACCCCAGUUAUAUAACAGAAAUGCCUCGCGUGGCGAUUAUAGCACAAGUAGUCAUAUCCACGGGAUUUCCUCCAGUCAUCUCCAUAGCUGCCGUGGGUAUAUAAAGGGCGGCUUCGUUUAUCCCGACACAACCUUUUCGACUCUCGAGGACGAUGGCUGGCGGCAAGAGGUCUUUGGCAGUGGCACUUCUGGUGUCUCGGCGCAGUGGCUCUCUCGGCCAACACGAGGCACUAUGCUCAGGAGGCUUCUGGAGCUCAGGAGGCUUCGGCGGAGGCCAAGCUCAGGAGGCUUCGUAGGAGGCGUUGGGGGAGGCCAUGGCGGCGGAAGUGUGAGUAUCGUCGGAGGAGGUUACGGAGGUGGAAGUGUGGGCGUCGUCGGAGGAGCAGCUGGAGGUCACGGCGGCGCAGGCGUGGGCAUCGUCGGGGGCCACGGCGGUGGAAGCGUGGGCAUCGUAGGAGGCGGAUUUGGAGGCCACGGCGGCGGAAGCGUCGCCAUCGUCGGCGGAGGCUCGGGAGGAGGCUACGGAGGCGGUUCGGGCGCCAGCUGCCGGGCCUGGUGCAAGACGCCGCAGAACCAAGCCUACUGCUGCGAGGACAGCAGCGAGCCAAUCACGAUCCCAGUCGUGAAACCAGGCAGCUGCCCGCCCGUGCGCCCGCAGUGCCCGCCCGUGCGGUCUGGCUACCGCCCCCCCAACCAGUGCAGCAACGACUCCAAGUGCCCCGGUUAUGAGAAGUGCUGCUACGACACCUGUCUGAAGCACCACACCUGCAAGGCUCCUGGAAGCACCUGGUAGUUCUUAAGCCGUGUACAGAGAGCAGGUUGAAUGUCAACUUGUUGCUGUGUAUAGCGUUAUAUGUAACAGUAUUAAUUAAAUUGUAAAACCUC